UUGAAACAAAAUGCAGAAGAGUUUACCCAAAGGCUUAUUCAAGCCCACAACUUACCAUGUUAUAUAGAAAGAGAUUUGUGUCAAAAGCUCAAUCUGUUUGCGAAAAAUGAAAGUAACAUAAUAUUUGAUGAAGAAGCUAUAAAUGCAGUGAACAGUGUAAAGAAUAACAUCACCUCCAUGGAGGAACUUGUGAACUCAUGGACCCAGUCUUAUAACCAGGAGGUUGCCUGUUAUGCUAAACCUGAUGUAGUCACAGAGGACCAGAUGUUUUCAGAGGUCUAUCAUACUCUCAUUCACUCCCCAGCAAUGGAGGCCCUGUUAGACCUGGAACAUACAUAUGCCUUGGCCAUUGUGAAGCUGCAGUCUGAAAGGGAAGCUGACAUGAAGCACUUGGAAUCGAGGCAACAGGCAGAAAUGGAGGACGCAAUAGCUAAAGUUGGCACAAUUUAUACUGACCAACAAGUGAAUCAGCUUGCCCAGAAACAUUACGAUAACACGCAGCUCAUAGAGAGUAAAUGGGCUAGUGAACUUAGCAACUUACAGGAGACCCAAAAAAGACAAUAUAAGAAUCAUGUAAUGAAACUACAUGAAGCUCACAUCAAUCCUGGAAAUGGAGUGCAGUCAUAUGUUCAAAGGGUACGUGCAAUGUCUACCUCUGCAGUUUCGACAGAAAGAGAUCAAAUUUGGCAGCCAAUAAAGAUGGAAGAAAGUUUCACUAUUCAUUUAGGUGCUCAAAAGAAGACGACCCACAAUCUGAGAUUACUGUGUGCUGAAGUGUUGGAUCUCUGUAGGAACAUUCCAAACAUUAUUGGUGGAGUAGCAGUUCCCCAGCCUCAAAGAUUACAAACAGCGAUGUCUUUAUACUCAAACAACCUCUGUGGGCUCAUACUUCUUGUUGACAAUAAACUCAACUCAUAUACUGGAUUGAAAAAAGAAUUUGCUAAGUUGUGCCAACAGUCGACUGAAUUCCACUUCCCUGAUUUAGAAAAACAGUUUCAAGCGAUAGAAGAGAAUAUCAUCGCUGGAAAUGAGUGGCGUCAAAACAAAAUUGAAGAACCUGAUCAAGUCAGCAUAAAAAGUGGAGGAAGCAACUCAAGUGGGGAGAAAGACGACAAACUUAACAGAUUAAUAGCUGGUGACUUUUACAUCACUCGCCACUCAAACCUCUCAGAGGUCCAUCUGGUUUUCCAUCUUGUGGUAGAUGAUAGUUUACGGGACAAUAACGUUAAUUCACGACAUCCCGUCAUCUUAGGAAUCAGAAAUAUUUUAAAGGCUUGUGUGAGAUAUGAUGUCUUUACGGUCACAAUUCCACUAUUACUCGUGCAUGAAAUGUCAGAGGAGAUGACAAUCCAAUGGUGCAUGAAACGGGCAGAGCUUGUGUUGAAAUGUACCAAGGGCUUUAUGAUGGAGUUGUCCACUUGGGGAGGGCACCAAUCACGUAAUAUACAGUUCAUGUUGCCAAAGGGUCUCUCAGACAACAUGUUCCUACAAAUAAGUGCAAUGAUGCCUACAAUAUUUCGGGUCUCAAACGCUAUUGUUGUAAAAUCCUCAUGAUUUACUUCAUCAAACUACAGAGUAUCAAUGGAUCACGAUCCAUUGGAUCAAAUCAUUGUGGCUUAUGAGAUCAAACAAUUGGGAUUCAUUGGAUCAAACCAUUCCAAAUCAUUAGAUCAGACCAGUGUAAUGCAUGUGAUCAAGCCAUGGGAUCAAAAUAAUUGAGAUCCAUUGGAUCAUAUCAUUGUGGAUCAUUGGAUUAAACCAUUGUAAUUCAUCAGACCAUUGUGAUU